AUGUCACCAUCAUACCCCUCAGACAGCAGCAGUCACCACCUCCACCACGACAGCAGCUGUCACCACCGUCAAUCCUGCAGCAGCUGUCACCACCAUCGCUCUGGCAGCAGCUGUCACCACGGCCUCUCUGGCAGCAGUCACCAACGCAGUUCCGGCAGCAGCUGUCACCACCUCUACUCCGGCAGCUGUCACCAACGAAGCUCUGGCAUCUGCUUUCAACAACACCGCUCAGAGAGCAUCUGUCACCACCACCUCUCCGGCAACAGCUGUCACCACCGCUGCUACGGAACCAGCUGUUACCUCCGCCAAUCCUGCAGAUGUCACCACUUCGCCGACAGCAGCUGUCACCACCACCGCUCCAGGAUCAGCAGUCACUACCGCCUCUCCGGCAACAGCUGUCACUACCACCUCUCCGGCAUCAGCAGUCACUACCGCCUCUCUGGCAUCAGCAGUCACUACCGCCUCUCCGGCAUCAGCAGUCACUACCGCCUCUCCGGCAUCAGAAGUCACUACCGCCUCUCCGACAACAGCAGUCACCAACGCCACUCCGGCAUCAGCAGUCACUACCACCUCUCCGGCAUCAGCAGUCACUACCGCCUCUCCAGCAUCAGCAGUCACCACCUCCACUCAGACAGCAGCUGUCACCACCCUCCGGCAGCAGCUGUCACCACGGCCUCUCCGGCAGCAGUCACCACCGCAGUUCCGGCACCAGUUACCAACGCAGCUCCGGCAACAGCUUUCAACAACACCAAUCAGACAGCAGCUGUCACCAACACCACUCAGGCAGCUGUCACCACCGCUGCUACGGAACCAGCUGUUACCUCCGCCAAUCCUGCAGAUGUCACCACUUCGCUGACAGCAGCUGUCACCACCGCCGCUCCAGGAUCAGCAGUCACUACCACCUCUCCGGCAACAGCAGUCACUUCCGCCUCUCUGGCAAAAGCAGUCACUACCGCCUCUCCGGCAUCAGCAGUCACUACCGCCUCUCCGGCAACAGCUGUCACCACUGCCGCUCCAGGAUCAGCAGUCACUACCGCCUCUCCGGCAACAGCAGUCACUUCCGCCUCUCUGGCAAAAGCAGUCACUACCGCCUCUCCGGCAACAGCUGUUACCGCCGCCGCUCCAUCAGCUGUCACCACCACUGCUACAGAGGCAGCUGUUACCUCUGCCAAUCCUGCAGAUGUCACCACCUCCACUCCAUUAGCAGCAGUCACUACCGCCUCUCCGGCAUCAGCAGUCACUACCACCUCUCCAGCAUCAGCAGUCACCACCUCCACUCAGACAGCAGCUGUCACCACCGUCAAUCCUGCAGCAGCUGUCACCACGGCCUCUCCGGCAGCAGUCACCACCGCAGUUCCGGCAGCAGCUGUAACCAACACAGCUCCGGCAACAGCUUUCAACAACACCAAUCAGACAGCAGCUGUCACCAACACCACUCAGGCAGCUGUCACCACCACCGCUCCAGCAACAGCUGUCAUCACCACAUCUCUGGCACCAGUUACCAACGCAGCUCCGGCAACAGCUUUCAACAACACCAAUCAGACAGCAGCUGUCACCAACACCACUCAGGCAGCUGUCACCACCGCUGCUACGGAACCAGCUGUUACCUCCGCCAAUCCUGCAGAUGUCACCACUUCGCUGACAGCAGCUGUCACCACCGCCGCUCCAGGAUCAGCAGUCACUACCACCUCUCCGGCAACAGCAGUCACUUCCGCCUCUCUGGCAAAAGCAGUCACUACCGCCUCUCCGGCAUCAGCAGUCACUACCGCCUCUCCGGCAACAGCUGUCACCACCGCCGCUCCAGGAUCAGCAGUCACUACCGCCUCUCCGGCAACAGCAGUCACUUCCGCCUCUCUGGCAAAAGCAGUCACUACCGCCUCUCCGGCAACAGCUGUUACCGCCGCCGCUCCAUCAGCUGUCACCACCACUGCUACAGAGGCAGCUGUUACCUCUGCCAAUCCUGCAGAUGUCACCACCUCCGCUCCAUUAGCAGCAGUCACUACCGCCUCUCCGGCAUCAGCAGUCACUACCACCUCUCCAGCAUCAGCAGUCACCACCUCCACUCAGACAGCAGCUGUCACCACCGUCAAUCCUGCAGCAGCUGUCACCACGGCCUCUCCGGCAGCAGUCACCACCGCAGUUCCGGCAGCAGCUGUAACCAACACAGCUCCGGCAACAGCUUUCAACAACACCAAUCAGACAGCAGCUGUCACCAACACCACUCAGGCAGCUGUCACCACCACCGCUCCUGCAACAGCUGUCAUCACCACAUCUCUGGCAGCAGUCACCAACAAAGCUCUGGCAACUGCUUUCAACAACACCAAUCAGACAGCAGCUGUCACCAUCACCACUCCGGCAACAGCUGUCACCACCGCUGCUACGGAACCAGCUGUUACCUCCGCCAAUCCUGCAGAUGUCACCACUUCGCCGACAGCAGCUGUCACUACCGCCUCUCCGGCAUCAGCAGUCACUACCACCUCUCCAGGAUCAGCAGUCACUACCGCCUCUCUGGCAACAGCUGUCACUACCGCCUCUCCGGCAUCAGCAGUCACUACCGCCUCUCCGGCAUCAGCAGUCACUACCGCCUCUCUGGCAUCAGCAGUCACUACCACCUCUCUGGCAACAGCAGUCACUACCGCCUCUCUGGCAACAGCAGUCACUACCGCCUCUCUGGCAACAGCAGUCACUACCGCCUCUCCGGCAACAGCAGUCACUACCGCCUCUCCGGCAACAGCAGUCACUACCGCCUCUCCGGCAACAGCAGUCACUACCGCCUCUCCGGCAACAGCAGUCACUACCGCCUCUCUGGCAUCAGCUGUCACCACCGCCGUUCCGGCAUCAGCAGUCACUACCGCCGUUCCGGCAUCAGCAGUCACUACCGCCUCUCUGGCAUCAGCAGUCACUACCGCCUCUCUGGCAUCAGCAGUCACUACCGCCUCUCCAGCAUCAGCAGUCACCACCUCCACUCAGACAGCAGCUGUCACCACCGUCAAUCCUGCAGCAGCUGUCACCACCGCCGCUCCAUCAGCAGUCACCACCACUGCUACAGAGGCAGCUGUUACCUCAGCCAAUCCUGCAGAUGUCAUCACCACCUCUCAGGCAGUAGCUGUCACCACCACCUCUCCGGCAGCAGGUGUCACCAAGGCAACUCCGGCAGCAGUCACCACUGGAGCUCCAGAACCAGCUGUCACCAUCGCUGCUACGGAAGCAGCUGUUACCUCCGCCAAUCCUGCAGAUGUCACCAUCUCCGCUCCAUCAGCAGCUAUCACCAUCACCCCUCAGACAGCAGCAGUCACCACCUCCACUACGACAGCAGCUGUCACCACCAUCAAUCCUGCGGCAGCUGUCAACACCACCGCUCUGGCAGCAGCUGUCACCACCGUCAAUCCUGCAGCAGCUGUCAACACCAUCGCUCUGGCAGCAGCUGUCACCACGGCCUCUCCGGCAGCAGUCACCAACGCAGUUCCGGCAGCAGCUGUCACCACCUCUACUCUGGCAGCUGUCACCAACGAAGCUCUGGCAUCUGCUUUCAACAACACCGCUCAGAGAGCAUCUGUCACCACCACCUCUCCGGCAUCAGCAGUCACUACCACCUCUCCGGCAACAGCAGUCACCACCUCCACUCAGACAGCAGCUGUCACCACUGUCAAUCCUGCAGCAGCUGUCACCACCACCUCUCCGGCAGCAGCUGUCACCACGGCCUCUCCGGCAGCAGUCACCACCGCAGUUCCGGCAACAGCUGUCACCACCUCCGCUCCGGCAACAGCUUUCAACAACACCAAUCAGACAGCAGCUGUCACCAACACCACUCAGGCAGCUGUCACCAUCACCACUCCGGCAACAGCUGUCACCACCGCUGCUACGGAACCAGCUGUUACCUCCGCCAAUCCUGCAGAUGUCACCACUUCGCUGACAGCAGCUGUCACCACCGCCUCUCCAGGAUCAGCAGUCACUACCACCUCUCUGGCAACAGCAGUCACUACCGCCUCUCCGGCAUCAGCAGUCACUACCGCCUCUCCGGCAUCAGCAGUCACUACCACCUCUCCGGCAACAGCUGUUACCACAACCACUCCUGCAGCAGCUGUCACCGCCGCCGCUCCAUCAGCAGUCACCAUCACUGCUACAGAGGCAGCUGUUACCUCAGCCAAUCCUUCAGAUGUCAUCACCACCUCUCAGGCAGUAGCUGUCACCACCACCUCUCCGGCAGCAGUCACCACUGCAGCUCCGGAACCAGCUGUUACCAUCGCUGCUACAGAAGCAGCUGUUACCUUUGCCAAUCCUGCAGAUGUCACCACCUCUACUCCAUUAGCAGCAGUCACUACCGCCUCUCCGGCAACAGCAGUCACUACCGCCUCUCCGGCAUCAGCAGUCACCACCUCCACUCAGACAGCAGCUGUCACCACCACCACUCCCGCAGCAGCUGCUACCACCACAACUCCUGCAGCAGCUGCUACCACCACAACUCCUGCAGCAGCUGCUACCACCACAACUCCUGCUACAGCUGUCACCACGGCCUCUCCGGCAGCAGCAGUCACUACCGCCUCUCCGGCAUCAGCAGUCACUACCGCCUCUCCGGCAUCAGCUGUCACCACCAUCACUCCUGCAGCAGCUGCUACCACCACCACUCCUGCAGCAGCUGCUACCACCACAACUCCUGCAGCAGCUGUUACCACCACCACCAUUCCUGCAGCAGCUGCUACCACCACCACUCCUGCAGCAGCUGCUACCACCACAACUCCUGCAACAACUCCUGCUGCAGCUGUUACCACCACCACUCCUGCAGCAGCUGUCACCACCACCACUCCUGCAGCAGCUGUCACCACCACCGCUCCUGCAGCAGCUGUCACCACCACAACUCCUGCUGCAGCUGCUACCACCACAACUGCUGCAGCAUCUGUUACCACCACCACUCCUCCAUCAGCAGUCACCACCACUGCUACAGAGGCAGCUGUUACCUCAGCCAAUCCUGCAGAUGUCAUCACCACCUCUCAGGCAGUAGCUGUCACCACCACCUCUCCGGCAGCAGUCACCACUGCAGCUCCGGAACCAGCUGUUACCAUCGCUGCUACAGAAGCAGCUGUUACCUCCGCCAAUCCUGCAGAUGUCACCAUCUCCGCUCCAUCAGCAGCUAUCACCAUCACCCCUCAGACAGCAGCAGUCACCACCUCCACUCCUGCAGCAGCUGUCACCACCACCACUCCUGCAGCAGCUGCUACCACCACAACUCCUGCUGCAGCUGUCACCACCACAACUCCUGCAGCAGCUGCUACCACCACAACUGCUGCAGCAGCUGUUACCACCACCACUCCUGCAGCAGCUGUCACCACCACCACUCCUGCAGCAGCAGUCACCACCACCACUCCUGCAGCAGCUGUCACCACCACCACUCACGCAGCAGCAGUCACCACCACAACUCCUGCAGCAGCUGUUACCACCACCACUCCUGCAGCAGCUGUCACCACCACCACUCCUGCAGCAGCUGUCACCACCACUACUCCUGCAGCAGCUGCUACCACCACCACCACUCCUGCAGCAGCUGUCACCACCACUACUCCUGCAGCAGCUGUCACCACCACCACUCCUGCAGCAGCUGUUACCACCACCACUCCUGCAGCAGCUGUCACCACCACUACUCCUGCAGCUGCUACCACCACCACCACUCCUGCAGCAGCUGCCACCACCACCACUACUCCUGCAGCAGCUGUCACCACCACCACUCCUGCAGCAGCUGUUACCACCACCACUCCUGCAGCAGCUGUCACCACCACCACUCCUGCAGCAGCUGUUACCACCUCCACUCCUGCUGUCGCAUCAACUGACCCUCCAUCUUCUAGUGAAGGAGUCCUGAGUCUUCAGUUCAGUCUCGACCAGACGUUCAACUCAGAUCUUUCCAACCCGUCCUCUUCAGAGUUCAAGACCCUGGCGGUCAAAGUGGUCUCUGAGGUGAACAAGGCUUAUGCUGGGACCCCAGGCUUCAAUCGUUCUAUUGUUAACUCAUUCAGGAGUGGAUCUGUAGUUACCGACAUGACCCUCGUGUUCGACAAGCAGACUUCGGUUCCCAGCUCAAACAGCGCACAAGCAACUUUCACCAACAGUCCCACCUCCCUGAACAUUCUAUCAGGCAGCAUCAUUUUUGAGUCAUCAACCACAUCAGGAAGUGCUCCCCGACCCACUGCCUUCACUCUGGCUGCCUUGCCUCUCAGUUUGGCUCUGUUAAUGGUACAGCUGUUGGCUAGCUAAUAGCCUGGGACAUAGCUGCUGUGGCUUUGCUAGCUGGCGGCUAGCUAAUAGCCUGGGGCGUAGCUGCUGUUGCUCUGCUAGCUGCUAGGCUAGCUAAUAGACUGGGGCAUAGCUGCUAUGGCUCUGCUAGCUGCUAGGCUAGCUAAUAGCCUGGGGCAUAGCUGCUAUGGCUCUGCUAGCUGCUAGGCUAGCUAAUAGCCCUGGGCAUAGCUGCUGUGGCUCUGCUAGCUGCUAGGCUAGCUAAUAGCCUGGGGCAUAGCUGCUAUGGCUCUGCUAGCUGCUAGGCUAGCUAAUAGCCUGGGACAUAGCUGCUGUGGCUCUGCUAGCUGCUAGGCUAGCUAAUAGCCUGGGGCAUAGCUGCUGUGGCAUUGGUUUAAACAAUCAACCGUUUCCCAGCUCUCAUAGAUACAGCCUUAAAGCUAGAAUCCUUAGUUGCUACACCCAUUUUUUUUACUUAUAAAUUAAUUAUAUCUACCCAUUGAUUCUAGAAGAAUAUAACAUACGAAUGCCUCAUGAGUUUAGCUCAACUUCCGUACCCCAUCAGAACCCAAAAUAUAAGCUUGUUUUACUCCAAUGUUUCUAAACAAUGCAAACAAACACUGUAUAGCUUUAAAACAUUAUUAAAACUAUAAUUCUGA